AUGAAGGAGGCCAAAGAGAAGCCGCCUGCGAGGGAGCAUACCUUGCUGGGAGUGCAGUGGCAGCUGACCAGUGAUGGUGCAUGGGCCAGCCCCGGGACCGAGCGGGUCCGCAAGGUGACGGAGGCCAUCCGUGAUUGCCUUCGUCGGGGCCUCUGCUCGACGCCAGUGGCCGCUAAGCUAGCGGGCAAGCUUGCUUUCGUAUGCUCCGGGCUCUUCGGCAAGGCAGGACAGGCGCUACUUCGAGCUGUUUACAAGCGCCAGCACAGUGGACCAGGGGGUGAUGCACCCCUCUCGGCGGCUCUUCGGGCGAGUUUCUUGCUCCUACUCGAGUUGCUCCCUCGGCUACGACCACGCUUCGUGCCUACCUUGACGCGGGCACUUCGUUACAAAGCGGCGGUCCUGUAUGCGGACGCAUUCCUUACUCUUCACGACCAGCGCAUGUGUGCCAACCAGUGGGCGCGUCAGGGACCUCCUCUACACGAGCUCCGGAACUUGACCAAUGGAUGGGGCGCGGUUUUCUUCGGGGCGACAGGUCCCGGAACCCAUAUUGCGGAUGGCAUGUUCGUCCAGGGACUACAUCUACUGGCUAUCGUCUGCUUCGUCGACAACGUCGCGGCCGAGCGCGCGCUAGCAAGAGGAUCCUCCAAGAAUGCGGGCCUUUCGUGGCUCAUCGGAGCCUUCUGGAUUUGGGCAGCUGAGAAGUCUUGGCAAGUGCACUUCCAAAGGGUCACCAGCAACUCCGACGAGAUAUCCCGGGGACAGUUCGACAUCGCGCAGGCCCUGGGGUGCAGAUGGAUCGAGCCCGACUUCAACAAAGCCUGGCCAGUGCUACUACGACUUCAGCAGACUCCGGUUUCGCUGGACCAGUGGAAUUUUCAGCAGUUGGCAACCAAGCUUCAAGCGACCGACACCGCACUCUGA